AUGAAUACCAACAACGAACAAAAUACUGAAAAAAACUUCUUUACGCUGCCAUUAUCAAAGGCUGCAAAGAGAAAGAGAAGACGCCGAAGAAAGGCUGCACUCGAAGCGACUCAGAGAACGUCCACGAGCGACAACCAAGCAGGCAUGAGAACUAAAAUUACACAUUCUCCGAGUCGCGUAAACCAUAGAGUUAAAACUUCAAAAUCCUCAAUCAAUGGGCCGAAUGCUCGAGUCGGUGAUGUUCAAUCUUACUCUGGUGGAAAUAAAUCUAAUAAAUUUAAUGAAAUCGUGAGUCCGCCUAGACUUGUGGGCCGUUUGGCACGCAAUGAGAGUUCAAAUAUUGGCAUUCGGCCAUCGAGGUCGGGUGAAUUUACGGUUAACUCUGGAAGGGAUGAUCGCAGGAUACCAUCUUUUUCGAAGAACCGUCACGAUCGUGACAAUUCGUCUCGAUCAAAAUUAAAUUCUGGUAAUUAUUAUAGGCCAGAACAUAGUAGAAAUACUUUACCAUCGAGCCCCGGUGAAUUUUCAUUGCGUCCCACAAGAUCAGGGGUUUAUUCUCUAAAGCGUCCUCGCUCUAAUGAAUACAUGAAUGACAACAGACGCAACCAUUUUAGUCGACCUCAUUCACCAGAAUAUAGAAAUAAGGAAUCCCCAAAACCAUUGGAUGAUAAUAAUGACUACGAAGAUGAUUACUUUGGAAAAGAGUACUUUUCUCCUAAUUUACAAAGCUAUAUUAAAUCAAGAUCAAAGAUCCCUAAUGGAUCAAAAUAUUGGAAAAUGAGAAACGAUCACGGAAUUCGUCAAAUGAAUCCAAAUAUUCUCCCACUAAAUAAUGAUUUGGUUCCAUGGAUGAGUCAUUCGCAAGAUGAUAGCCAGCAUUCCAAAGAUGAAUCAGAAAGUGAUGUUACAAGCACAAAUAAAAAUCCUUCCGAGAGGUACAUGCGAACCGCAUUGGUACCUUCGAUCGAAGCUGAAAAGCCAUUGCCAAAAUUGAUUGUUUUUGAUCUUAAUGGAACAUUGAUUUUUCGAACUUGUUCUGACAUCGAAAAAGCCAUAUUGCGUCCAUAUAUUAAAGAAUUUAUGGAUUAUAUAUUUUCCGGUGGAUUUUCCGUAAUGGUUUGGUCUUCAGCUCAACCAAAUAAUGUUAAAAAAAUGGUGAAGGCAGCGUUUGGUCCCCAUGAGGUUAAAUUGAUCGAUGUUUGGAACAGAGAUCAAUUUUCUUUGACUUUUCGGCAAUAUCAUCGAAAAACCUUGACGAUCAAAGAUCUCGACAAAGUUUGGAAAAAAUUAAAUUCCAAUCGUGUUCCCAAACCUUAUUUGAAUGCAAAAUCAACAUCGUUUCCUGCCUCUAUUGUUUGGGAUCAGACAAAUACCAUAUUGAUAGAUGAUUCUAAGCUGAAAGCUCAAUUACAACCUUUCAAUUCUAUUCAUCUGCUAGAAUUUAAUGAGAGCCUGGCACUAUCAGGAAGAGAUUGUGAAUUAAGAGAUGUUAUUCCAUACCUUGAAACGUUGAAAUGUCAAACUAAUGUCAGUGCCUACAUUAAGAAUUCUCCGUACAAAAGCAAAGAACUUUGCGAUUUGCCUACUCAAAGAAACACCAGUAAAUCAUCAUUAGGCCCUAUUAUUGACCUCAGAGGUCAGUUGAAAAGUUCCUCACGUGACUCUGUAUCUUUUGCUAGUCAUACCGAGAAAAAUUACUGGAGAUUUACUCAGAAUUCUGGAGCUGAUCGAGACAAUCCAAAUGUGUCAGUCAAAAAAGAAAUGGAUCGCCAUGACAUUUCUAACAAGACAAAUUUAACUGAAGCCUCAUAUAAUUCCUUUUCACCUAAUGCUUAUGUCAAACAAGAACCUAGUCGUCAUAAUGGUCGAGUUACUACUAAAGUCACCAAUGAGGUUUCGACUAUUAAAAGCAAAAUAGAAAUAUCAAGCAAUGAGUUAUAUGAUCAAAACCAACAAAAUACAAAUUCUGACAACUGCAAGGUAUCUUGA